UGUAUUUUUCAUCCAAGGCAAUUUUUACCAACUCCAAGUCAAAAUCAAGAGCUCAUUAUUUGCCUUGGCAAUAUCAAAAAGAAUUUAUUUUAUCCACAACACAACACAAUACAAACGAGUUUAGUUUAGACACGUUCUUGUGAUAUGAAUAUAUUGAAUUAUUAUAUCUAAAUUAACAGCCGUUAUAUACGAAAGUGAAAAAAAGCAUAAACUCGAAAAUAUACGUAUUUUGUCUUUGGUUUGACCGGUUCAUGGCUCUGUCUUCACCUUGUCGUUUUUCAUUUCUGUCUCAGCUAUUUCACGCGGGUAAUGUCGUUCAUUGAUUUUCAGUCCAUAGCUCACCUCCUCGUUCUUCUUCUUCUGCCGGAGCUCAAUGUCUUGGGUACGGCUUCAGAUUGAAGAAGGCGCUCUGUAAUUUAUUCUUCUUCUAAUAGUGUCGUGGUUUGAAUCCAAGCUCCGCUCAAAAUUGUGAAGUUAUAUUUGGAUAACUUCGUGUUAUCAUUUCUGUACGUGUCCAAGUCUGGAGAUUCAGCUAGAUUUUGGGAUAUAUAUUUGUUGGCCACUGUAGUGUAUACACUAGCCUAGGCCAGAAAAAUGGUGGGUUUGAGGUUUCCAUGGAAGAGUUCUGCGGAGAAUCCUGAGCUAGUGAUUGGAAUUUUGGGGUGUGAAGUUGUUGGCUUGAUGUCAAAGGUGGUUAAUUUAUGGCAUUGUUUAAGUGAUAAAGAGAUUCAAAGGUUGAGAGAACAAAUUGAAGAUUCAGUUGGGGUAAAAACGCUUGUAUCCGAGGAUGAUAAUUACCUCAUUGAACUAGCACUGGAGGAGAUAAUUGAGAAUUUUGGGUGUCUUUCGAAGUCAGUGGUGAGGCUUAGUUGGAGAUGCAAAGACCCUUUAUAUCACCGUCUUGAACAGUUCUUUAAGGACCCUCUUCAAACUUACUUUCAAUGGUUUGGUUUGGUGUAUCGAUGGAAGAAAAUGGAGAAGAAAGUGAAGAAAAUGGAAAAGUUUGUUGCUGUUACUAUGCAAUUAUCCCAAGAGCAAGAUGUUUUGGUGGAGCUUGAACAAACACUGCGGAGAAUGCAGAAAAAUUCUCAGUUAGAUCGGGUGAAAUUGCUCGAGCAGCAGCAGAAAGUGAUGUGGCAGCGUCAAGAAGUCAAAAAUUUACGAGGGUUGUCUCCAUCUGUGAGAACUUAUGAUUACAUUGUUAGGCUUUUGGCAAGAUCUCUCUUUACAAUUCUAGAGAGGCUCAAACUUGUCUUUGGAGUCAUUGAAAUGGCUUCUGCAGAAGGGAAAAACAACUGCGAACCUAGAAAUUCUGAUUUUCUUCGAGCCCAUUCCUUUUCAGCUCAUUUGCAUUCUUCUGUUCAUCCAUCUGAGACUAAUGUUUGUGACUUUUCUUCAGGACCUCCUGUGGGGUCCUUUGCAAAGCAAGGGGCAAGUGUGGGCAAGAACAGCCUGAAUGACUUGUUGCAACAAGAUCCUCAUCAGUCGUUGACACAACAUAUAAAGAUUCACAAUUCAAAAUCUAGGAGGCAUCGAGGAUCUUUUAGUGGCUGCAUGGUUGGAAGAGUUUAUUCUCCUGUAGUUGAAAAUUGUAGGCCUCCAGUUGGUGGUUCGAUGAGGCUGAGCCCUACUUAUACGAAAACUGUUAACAAUACUAAAAGUAAGGUACCUCUCUCUUCAAGUAACAACGUUUAUUUGAAAUUAGCCAUGUUCAAUUCCAAGAGUAAAUUGUUGAACCUCCGUGCUUCAACUCUUGGGGAGGCUGCUUUGGCUCUUCACUAUGCAAAUGUUAUCAUUUUGAUAGAGAAACUAGUUUCGGCACCUCAUUUGAUCAGUGCCGACGCAAGAGAUGACCUGUACAAUAUGUUGCCGACAACAGUAAGAGCUUCUUUGAGGGCUAAGAUUAAGUUGUUUGCCAAAACAAUGGGUUCAUCUGUCUACAGUCCUGCCCUUGCAGCAGAAUGGAAUAUGGCACUUAUACAGAUAUUGGAGUGGUUAGCUCCACUUGCUCAUAACAUGAUAAGGUGGCAUUCUGAGAGAAAUAUUGAGAAGCAGCAUGAGGUUGCAAAAACAAAUGUGCUUCUUGUGUUGACCCUUUACCAUGCUAAUUGUGCAAAGACAGAAGCUGCAAUCACAGAGCUUCUGAUCGGUUUGAAUUAUAUGUCUAGGAUCAGCGGACUUAAUGAGAGAGCCAUUUUGCAUUCUGCUGGUAAGCUGCCUCGCAAGGAGAUCAUCAGGGAACAGGCCUCAUCAUGAUCAAAUUUCCAAAAUGGCCUCAUCAUGAUCAAAUUUCCGAAAUGAGAAGGGCUUUCAAAAAUGAUUUAUAGCUGAAAGUGUUCCAAAAGGAAAUACACGAAUUCGAGCUAGUUGGGCAUAUUUUGUUUACUAGCUGCUUUGAAGAUAUUAUCUCCAACUCCAAUCUUCUCUUCAUAGCAACAGUUUUCCAGAAAACUUUACCAUCAAGUUACCUUGUCAUAUUGAUGAAGUAGUCGAAGCUAGUGAGGCACCUGAGGACAUUCUUUGCUUAACUCCAAAGAGGAUUAGCCUUUGCCCUUUAUAAUGACCAUCACUAAGAUCCUCUACGUGUGAAGGACGAAGGAUUGUUCAACAUGCAAAAUCAUUGGUUUCCAAUCAACUGGGGUGAGGCAAUGCCCCCUAAAACAAGCUCUAGCAGUGGACAAAGCUAGUGCUGUACCUGAACACAUUAUCCACACACAUAUAUGGUCAGAAUCAGCUAUAAUGCUUCCAUUUAUAUAACAUCUUUUGAGUGUAAGAUCAUCUACAUCUAACUCCCUUCAACUUGCCCAAGCAUUCACAAAGACAAGCCUAUGUGUUACCUUGGUUAGCUUGAGAGGAAGAUUUUCAGUCUCACUCUCUUCAACCAUUUGCUUGAAGUUAACACAACUAAGCUUGGGUUUUAGCUUAAUCUUCUAUUUGGGGUCUCACAUAAUAGCUUGGUUAGUGUCCAUUUAACUGUAGUUUAUGAAUUAGUCAUGACUAUUCUGCAUGCCUUGGUUUUGUAUUAGUACUGACAAGUAAAGAGUAACUUCUCAGAACUGAUUUUUUCAGUGUGCUAAACCACGAGUGAUUAAAGGAAACUCCUAGUUAUACCAUUGCAUUUCUACUAGUCAAGAUUUUUUGCUUUGUAGUUUUUAUGGUGGUGGGUGACUCUUUUUUAUGAUUCUGAUUAUUAAAUUGCUAUGAAAAUGCAUUAUGUUAUUCAACUAAUUGGCAUGAUGGACUCUAUCUAUUAAUUCUGCAU